AUGUCUUAUGCUGUGACCGGAAAUGGUCCUUUUCUUUUUCUAUUUCUGCUUUUACCAUUCUUUUUGGUUUCUUCCUGUUCGUUUGCUUUUCGUUUCACCUUCGCUUUAUUCUUCCAUUUGUUUCUUGUUUCCUCUUUCUCCCCCUCCUCUCUCUCUUAUCCACUUUACAUUUUUCCAGGCCUUCUUUCUUUCUUUCUUUCUUUCUUUCUUUCUUUCUUUCUUUCUUUCUAUUUCAGUUUUCUUAUUCAUUUUUCUUAUACAUUUUUACCUUUUUCAUUCCCAGGCUUUUCUUUCUUUAUUUCUUUUUCAUUUUUCAUAUUCCAUUUUCUUAUUCCCAUUACCUUUUUUAUGCAGUGGUCUCUUUCUUUCUUUCUUUCUUUCUUUCUUUCUUUCUUUCUUUUUCAAUAUUUCGUAUUUCUUUUUCUUAUUCUCUUUACCUUUUUUAUUCACAGGCCUUCUUUCUUUCUUUUUCAAUUUUCUUAUACAUUUUACCUUUUUUCAUUUCCACGCCUUUCUUUCUUUCUUUCUUUCUUUCUUUCUUUCUUUCUAUUUCAAUAUUUCUCUUUCUUAUUCACGUUAACUUUUUUUAUUCAUAGACCUUUUUCUUUCUUUCUUUCUUUCUUUCUUUCUUAUCCCCUUUUCUUAUUCACCUUUUUUCAUUCACAAGACUUCUUUCUUUAUUUCUUUUUCAUUUUUCGUAUUCCAUUUUCUUAUUUCCAUUACCUUUUUUAUGCAGAGGCCUCUUUCUUUCUUUCUUUCUUUCUUUCUUUCUUUUUCUUUCUUUCUUUCUUUCUUUCUUUCUUUCUUUUUCAAUAUUUUGUAUUUCUUUUUCUUAUUCUCUUUACCUUUUUUAUUCACAGGCCUUCUUUCUUUCUUUUUCAAUUUUCUUAUACAUUUUACCUUUUUUCAUUUCCACGCCUUCCUUUCUUUCUUUCUUUCUUUCUUUCUUUCUUUCUUUCUUUCUUUCUUUCUGUUUCAAUAUUUCUUUUUCUUAUUCACGUUACCUUUUUUAUUCAUAGACCUUUUUCUUUCUUUCUUUCUUUCUUUCUUUCUUUCUUUCUUUCUUUCUUUCUUUCUUUCUUAUUCCCUUUUCUUAUUCACCUUUUUUCAUUCACAAGACUUCUUUCUUUCUUUCUUUUUCAUUUUUCUUAUUCACUUUACGUUUUUCAUUUCCAGGCUUUUCCUUCUUUCUUUCUUUCUUUCUUUCUUUUUUUCUAUUUCAAUAUUUCGUAUUACUUUUUCAUAUUCACAUUACCUUUUUUAUUCACAGGCCUUUUUCGUUCUUUCUUUCUUUCUUUCUUUCUUUUUUUCUUUCUUUCUUUCUUAUUCCCUUUUCUUAUUCACCUUUUUCAUUCACAAGACUUCUUUCUUUCUUUCUUUUUCAUUUUUCUUAUUCACUUUACGUUUUUCAUUUCCAGGCUUUUCCUUCUUUCUUUCUUUCUUUCUUUCUUUCUUUCUUUCUUUCUUUCUAUUUCAUUUUCCUUAUUCCCUUUUUUUUUAUUCACGUUACCUUUUUCAUUCCCAGGUAUUUCUUUCUUUCUAUUUAUUUCAUUUUAUUACUUUGUCGAUCAUUAUUUAUUUCUUUCAUUUUUAUCUUUCUUUAAAAAUCUUUAUUUUUUUUUUGUCUAUCAGAUUUUUUUCUUUCUUUAUUUGGCGUAUAUUUUCCUCUCCGUUUUUGUUCCUUUUCCUUCAUUUCAUUUUUAUUUGGACCCAAAUAUCUAUUUCUUUAAUCUCUCUUUUUAUUUUUUCCAUUUCCUUCCAUUUCUAAAUAUUUCCAUCCCUAUCUACUUUCAUCAAUAUAUUAUUUUUUCUUUCAAGCUCAUUCUUUCUUUUAUCUGA